UUUAACGGUCCCCUAAGGCUUGGAAGUGUGAGGGCCUGGUCCAGGCUGGCUGCGUCCCUCAGACCACAAACAGCUACACGCCACACCGAGCCCUCAUAUAUCCCCUAAGACACACACUCGCCUCAGCACUCACACCCUUUUCCUAGCCACAACCCUUCUGCACCCCCUCAGGCUGUGCAGACUGGGUCUCGAGUCACCUGAUAAACACCCUGCUGCUUGUGGAAUGGACUUGGUGGCCAGGGGGCUAGAAUGCUACAAUGAACCUUUUUGCACCUGUGAGAACAUGUGAGAGGGGAUCUCCAAGCCUCAAAAGACAAGAGGGAAAUUUGCCUUUUCUACUACCUCCCUGGAACGAUGCAAGACGCUUUAGUAGGCUCCUGGCACAACACUGGCUUCUAUGGGCACUACAGGGGCCAAUUCAAGAGUGAACAUGCUCAAGAAUACCGCCUUGCAGCCAAGCCUCAGCCUCCAGCAGUAUUCCUACAGCGAUGUCAGAAGCCAGCACGGCAACACUUCUUCUCCAAGCAUGACAACCGUACUUCCUUCGACAAAGGCCCCUACUGCCUGCUGCAGGGAAUCGGGAAGCGGAAAGACCUGGAGCGUCUGUGGCAGCAGCAUACCUUUCUGCACUGGGCACCCUGUGAGCUGGAGUUGCAACAGCAGCGGCCCUUUAAGUCCUCCUACCAGAACAAUUUCCGGUCAGGCCCAGGACUCAGUGAGCUCCCCCAGCGCCUUGUCCACUUUAUGCAGCUCCAGCCUCCCCAUGUCAGCACCACCUACCAGCAGAACUUCUGCCAGCCAUCCCGAGGUGGCCACUGUGGCAGUGACAACGUGGGAUCCCAGGCUCCAGUCACCAACACGCUGCCUGACCUCCCAGGGAUCCCAAGACCCAAGCUGCUGCAGCACUACCUUCAUGCUGGGGUCUCCGAAUGUCUUAACUGGUCCAAAGCAUUAAACUAGGAUGGAU